AUGGGCCUGGUGGCAACUCUCCGCUCGGGAAUGGAGGACGCGCAACGCCGCCGCCGCCGCCGGUGCCGGCGGAGCGUGCCGACCUGGAUGCUCGCCCUCGCCCUCCUCCAAGGCGUCCCCGGCGGCUGCGCGGCGCCCAACCAGUCGCCCCUGGUGGGCUCCAACUGGGGCAGCCCGCGGAGGUACGUGCACCUGCAGACCUCCACGGAGCUCAGCAACUUCUACCUGGAGAUCAAGCUGGACGGCACCGUGCGGGGAAGCACCAGCAGAAAUCCGUACAGCGUCGUCAUGCUGAAGGCGGACAGCAGGGAGCGCGUCGCCAUCCUCGGCGUGAAAAGCAGCCGCUACCUGUGUUUGGACCCGCAGGGGACCCCCUUCACCUCAGCCGUGUGUCUGCGCGACGACUGCGUGUUCGAGCACAGACUCCUGGAGAACAACCGCGACGUCUUCUACUCCAUCCGCACCGGCAUCCUGCUCAACCUGGAGGGCUCCCGGCAGGUGUUCGUGGCCGGCAACAACCUGCCGCGCACCGCCCUCUUCCUGCCCAAGAGCAGCACGGUGCCCCUGGAGCGCCUCCUGCUGCACCGGGAGAGGCGAAACCGGCCCUCCGCCUCCACCCCCGCCGGGGAGGGCUCCGACUCCCGGCCCGUGCCGGAGGACGACGCCGAGCCGGAGCUGGAGCCCGCCGACGACGGCGCCAACGCGUCCCGGGAGGCGCUCCGCGAGCCGCCGGCCCACGACCCUUGGAGCGUCCAUUCCUCCGACACGAAUUCCAGCCCGCGCGGCGCGACCCGAAGCCACCGUGCGCAAACGUCAGUCAGUCAGUCAGUGAGUGAGUGA